AAUGGAGUGACCGCGUCGACAAAACCGGCCAACACAGGACCACAUGACAGACUAUGUGGAAGAGCAGAUGAUGGAAGUUGAGGCUCUGGAGUCCAUUUACAUGGACGACUUCACCAAGGUGCAAGAGUCCCCUCUAUCCUUGAAGGUUCGACUCAUCCCAGACCAAACCGGUGGCGUCAAUCAUGUUGCUAUGAGUCUCGUGUUCACAAUGCCUGCCAAGUACCCUGACGAGCUGCCGUCGGUGGACAUCAAGCUCGAGAAAGGGUUGAGCGAGCCACAGGAACGAGACAUUCGAGCACUCGUGAAUCAACAAAUGGAAGACAACACUGGAAUCGCCAUGGUGUACACCGUCUGCGAGGCCGUGCGUGAGUACCUGAUCGAAAACAAUCGCGAAGGCAACGAUGGGUCCGAGUAUCAGGAGAUGCUGCGGCGCCAAGAACAGCGCCAGAAGAAGGACACAAUCGCCGCCGAGGCCGCGCAGGCUGUCUUGGAGAAGGAAGCCGAAUCGAAGGGAGUGUCCAAGCCGUCGUCCGGCACGCCAGUGACAGUCGAGUCGUUUAACGCGUGGAAAGCGGCGUUUGACUUGGAAAUGGCGACGAAGAGUGGGGCGAAGAUUGCAGUUGGCGCCGAGAAGCGGCUCACGGGCCGUCAACUGUGGACGACGGGAGCCGCCAAAGAAGCGACCGAGGCCGAUAGUGAAGUCCAAAGCAUCGAUGGUAGCGCCAUUCUCGACGACGAUGGCGACGAUAUCGACGAUGAAGACUACGUGGAUGAAGGCGACGACGACAACGACGACAAUGAAUAAGGGUCGACCUCGCACACGUCAGUCGAUAGCAUGGUUCAACACGAUAGAAUUCCCUGCGCUGGUGUGGUCGUUGCAUGGAAGGGGGGGCGAUCCCGAGGACGAGAUGGACGCUCCACAAGAACCGACGUUGAGAGCAGCCGCAGGGACGUAGACUGAGAGGUCUAGCUAAUGCGAUAAUCGUUGUGCACAG